GUUCAGAGUCUACAGCAUCAGUUAGGGCGGGAAGUCGAAAAAAAUUCACAGCUAAAAACAUGCCCGAACGAAACAUGAACUUGCGCAAGGGCGCUAAGGUGUGGGUUGAAGACAAGAACUUGGCCUGGGUAGCAGCUGAAAUUACUGAUCUUAGAGGCAAACAGGUCCAAGUCCAACCUGCCUCUGGUAAAACGGUGUUGGCGUUGCCAGAGAAAGUGUUUCCCAGAGAUGCGGAUGAAGAGGAAGAACAUGGCGGUGUUGAUGAUAUGACAAAGUUGACUUAUUUGAAUGAGCCUGGUGUUCUCUAUAAUCUUCAGAGGAGAUAUGCUUUGAAUGAUAUUUAUACAUAUACAGGAAGCAUUUUGAUAGCAGUUAAUCCAUUCACAAAGCUUCCUCAUCUUUACAAUGUGCAUAUGAUGGAGCAGUACAGGGGUGCGCCAUUUGGUGAGCUAAGCCCCCAUGUUUUUGCUGUGGCUGAUGUAUCAUAUAGGGCAAUGAUGAAUGAGGGUCGAAGCCAGUCUAUUUUAGUCAGUGGAGAAAGUGGGGCUGGUAAAACUGAGACAACAAAGCUAAUUAUGCAAUAUCUUACUUUUGUUGGAGGCCGCACAGCCGGUGAUGACCGAACUGUCGAGCAGCAAGUUCUUGAAUCAAAUCCACUAUUGGAGGCUUUUGGAAAUGCAAGGACUGUUAGAAACGACAAUUCGAGUCGUUUUGGCAAGUUUGUUGAGAUCCAAUUUGAUGCAAAUGGUAGAAUAUCUGGUGCUGCAGUUAGAACUUACCUUCUUGAACGGUCCCGUGUUGUUCAGAUAACAGAUCCUGAGAGGAAUUAUCAUUGCUUCUAUCAGUUGUGUGCAUCUGGGAAAGUAAUCUGUCUUUCUUUAUCUUGUUUUUUGGUCAUAUAUGUCUCACAGUGUUUAUGCAUGUGUACAAUUUGUUACACACCCUAUAUAUGCUUGUGAAUGUUCUGUUUAAUGUUGUAGAGUGCUGCACUUUCAGUUAUUGUGAGUAUCAUGUUUAUUUUGUAUACAUCUACACAUUCUAUGAGAUCAUUUUGUAUGAAUGUGCAUCCCUCUUUUCCCCCUUAUCUGUGUUGUUAAUGU